AUGAAACCCCAACUGCUGACGCCGCUGCGGCGUCGGCCAUGGACAUGCCGACAAUGCCUGCAACGCCUGCAACGCCUGCAGCAACAGACUCGUCGCUCCUUUGAGACGGCUGCCUCGCCGGCGCCCGGUCAUACUCAGGUGGACUAUAUCCCUGCGGAUGCUUCCCAAUCCAAGAAAGUCGACGACGAGACAAUCCGCCGGGUUUUCGACUCGCAGCACUUCUGGCGAGAGUUCUCGCAGCGGCGGUCGACGCAGUCCAAGCCGACCGGGCUAGUACAGAACCAAUACUUGACGAGUCCGGACGGCUUCCGUACCUUCGCCAACGUCUCGCUGCAGAAAUGCCAGGCCAUCGUGUCCAAGGUGCUGGCGGCUUCGACGCUGGAGGAGUACCGGACGAUGGCUCGGGACCUGGACCGACUCAGUGAUCUGCUGUGUCGCGUGAUCGACCUGUCCGACUUUAUCCGGGUGAUCCAUCCGGAUCCACGGGUGCAGGAGGCGGCGACGCAGGCGUAUGCGCUGAUGUUCGAGUACAUGAACGUCCUCAACACCACGACGGGGCUGAACGACCAGCUGAAAAAGGCGGUUGCGAACCCCGAAGUGGCGUCGCACUGGACGGAGGAGGAGAAGAUCGUGGCGCAGAUCCUGAUCAAGGAUUUUUCCAACUCGGCAAUCCUGAUGCCCCCGCAGGAGCGGCAACGAUUUGUGAACCUGUCCAACGACAUCAGCCAGCUGGGGUCGAGCUUCGUCAACAGUCCCGAGCCAGCCAAGUCCCAGGUGGUCGUCAACGCGAACAGUCUCCGGGGGCUGGAUCCUAUGUUGGUGCAGCAGAUUAAGCGGUGGAACCGGACAGCGUCGGUUCCGACCACCGGGAUGAUUCCGCGGCUGGCUUUGCGAUCGGUACAUGAUGAGAGCGUCCGCCGGGAGGUUUACUUGGCAUCCCGGACGUCAAGCGCUCGACAGCUCCAUCGACUGGAGGAGUUGCUCUUGAAACGCGCGGAGCUGGCUAAGCUGUCGGGCUACUCGAGCUUCGGACACAUGACCCUGAGCGACAAGAUGGCCAAAAGCCCUGAAGCGGUAUCCAACUUUCUGACGUCGCUUGUGGACAGCAAUCGCACGCUCGUGCGGGAGGAAUUGUUGCAGCUGCGGAACAUGAAAGGCUCCCCGCUGCAGCCCUGGGACCAUGCGUACUAUGUCCACAAACGCGUCAUGCAGUAUUCGCAGUCGCGGCGGUCCCGGGAGCUGAGCGCGGUGCCCGAGUUUUUCUCGCUGGGGACGGUGAUGCAGGGCCUGUCGCGGCUGUUUGAUCGCCUGUACGGGGUGCGUCUGGUACCGCAGGAGGCCGCGCCGGGGGAGACGUGGAAUCCGGACGUGCGGCGGCUGGACGUGGUGGACGAAGCGGAUCGGCACAUUGCCGUCAUCUACUGCGAUCUGUUCUCGCGGCCGAACAAGCACCCGAACCCGGCCCAUUUCACGCUCCGCUGCUCGCGCGAGAUCUCGGCGACUGAGGUGGCCGAGUGCGCGUCGUUGGACCAGUCCUCGCACCCGAACGAUGGGAUGGCGACCGCGGUGGAUCCGACGACCAAGACGCUGCGGCAACUGCCGACGAUUGCGCUGGUGUGCGACUUCGCCGAACCCGCGGCGCACGGCGGUCGUCCCUCGCUGCUGAGCGAGCACAGUGUGCGCACGCUGUUCCACGAGAUGGGCCAUGCCCUGCACUCCAUCCUGGGCCAGACGCGGCUGCAGUCCAUCUCGGGGACCCGGUGCGCGACCGACUUCGCGGAGCUGCCCUCGGUGCUGAUGGAACACUUCGCCACGGCGCCCUCGGUGCUCUCGCUGUAUGCGCGACACUGGGAGACGGAUGAGCCGCUGUCGGAGCGGAUGAUACAGAGCAUGGAGCGCGACCGGACGGCGCACGGAUCGAUCUACGGCGCGGUGGAGAACGAGGCGCAGAUUCUGAUGGCGCUGGUGGACCAAGAAUACCACUCGCGGCCGGCGGACGGGGGCCGCAUCGACAGCACGGCGCUCUACCACGAGGUGGCGCAGCGACACUCGAGCCUGCCCGAUCCGGCGGAGACGGCGCCGCCGACUUCGUGGCAGGGAUUCUUUGGGCACCUGUACGGCUACGGCGCGACUUACUACAGCUACAUCUUUGACCGGGCGAUCGCCAACAAGCUCUGGGCGGACGUGUUCGGGGCCGGACGGGCAGCGGUCGACCGGGCGGCGGGCGAGCGGUACAAGACCGAGGUGUUGCGAUGGGGAGGCGGCCGCAAUGGGUGGCAGUGUGUGGCUGGGGUGCUGGGGCCCAGCAACGCGUCCAACGCGGACGGACGGUUGGUGGAAGGCGGCGACGAGGCGAUGCGCGAGGUUGGCCGUUGGGGACUGGGCCGGGACGGUGUGUCUGGGUAG